AUGGCGGCAGAAGCAACCGUCAAUUGUCUCCCUGCAGAAGUCGUCCAAUGCCUGAAGAAUGCUCGAUUCCUCCAUCUCGCCACAUGCACAAACCUCUUUCCACACGUCUCCCUCAUGAACUACACCUACCUCCCCUCCACCCCCUACAGCAGCUCCCCAAUCAUAAUAAUGACCACCAAUCCCUCCUCCAAGAAGACUCUCAACCUGGUCUCUAACCCUAACGUCUCCCUCCUCGUCCACGACUGGGUCUCGCACCGCCCUCCGACCACCAACCGCCGCGGCUCCACCAACGACCGCACUGGCUCUCCACCCCCAGAGGCAUCCAGCUCGUCCCUAGCUUCUCUCCUCUUGAAUCUAAAUACGAGUGCGAUGAGCAGUAUAUCCGCGACGAUCAACGGGGAGGCGAAGCUGGUAGAGCGAGGCACAGAGGAGGAGCGGUACUGCAAAGAGAUGCAUUUAGAUAACAAUACGUUUACGGAGGGCGCGGGGGGAGGAGGAGAGCCGAGCCUCUGGGGCGAGACGCAGGAUGGUGGGAGGGUGAUGUAUAUCGAGGGCGAGGAGGUCCGGGUGGUAGUGGUGAGAAUUACGGACGUGAGGGUCAGCGAUUGGAAAGGGGGAGUAAGGAAUUGGAGCUUGGUAGGGGCCACGGCAGGAGGGGACAAUCAUGUAGCCGCUCAAGGGCUGGUCAACGGCGUCGCUUAG